AUGGGACACAGCCGGGGACAGUCCUGGCUGCUCAUGCUGCUGUUGGUGCUGUUGACCGGCAUCCAGCCACAGCAGGGCCUGGAGCACAUUGAUUAUGUGCCCCGGCUCUCGAGCGCCACCCUGAUGGGGAGGCUCACCCAGUCCACUUUCACCCUGGAGCAGCCGCGGGGCCUGUUCAGCGGUCCCAACAUCUCAGACCGGGACACCAUCUGGCUGGUCGUGGCCCGCAGCAACGCCACCCAGAGCUUCAGGGCCCCAGAGAAUGUAGAGGACAGCCCUGCCCCUGCCGACUUCCCCCAGAGUGGCUACUACCUCACGCUGAUGGCCUACCGAGCGCUCUACUCCGGGGGCCAGGCCAGCAACCAGCUCCCUGUCCUCCGUGUGGGCAAUGACACCCGCUGUGCCGUGACAACUAGGGGCUGCAACCACCCCCUGCCGGACUCAGGCCCCUACAGGGUGAAGUUCCUGGUGAUGAAUGACAGGGGACCCGCGGCUGAGACAGAGUGGUCCAGGGAGACCCGACUGCCCCAAGCUCAGGCGCUCCAAGUUGUCCGGGGGCCCCAGAGCGCGGGCACCGUUGUCAUCAUCGCCAUCCUGUCGAUCCUCCUCGCUCUCCUCCUCACCGCCCUCCUCGCUGUGCUCAUAUACACCUGCUUCGACAGCUGCAGGAGCGCUCCCAUCUCAGGCCCAAGGGAGACAGUGAGUGUGAGGAGAUACACCACCCAUGAUGCGUUCAGCACUCCCGCUGUGGGGGGCUCCUGA